AUGGCGCCACUUCGCGAGGUUAAAGUGAUUGAUUUGACUCAAGACAGCGACGACGACAUGGAGGACGAGGAUGAUGCGGAUCAGGCACAAGCCCUCUUGGCCAGGUUUAUUAAACCUACAUUUGGGCAGUCGCGGCCUUUGAAGCGAAAGUCGCCUGUGGACGAGGUUGAAGUGAGAGCAAUACCAGUGAACCACGAGGCAGUAUUCAGCCGUGAAGCACCUCUGGGUCCUCUACCAGAACCCAAAGACAAUCAUAAGACCGUGGAAAAAAACAUCUCGGUUGCUGUUAGCAGCCCUAAGCCAUGGUCUCUUUUUGCGGCAUCUGGGAAACGAGUCAAACGGGAGUCGAGAGACCAGACCCCAAAGUCGUUUGCUGGUGUGCCCCCCCCGCCCCGUCCGAUUACCUCUCUUCAGUCUCAUCUACCUUCCAUGUCAUCUCUACACUCUCAAACCAACUCGUCCAAUGUAUCCUCGAGAAGCAGCUCCAAGAGACCUGCGUUCAAGGCAAAGACUACGUCCCGUGCCUCUACGUCAGUCGACUCCCGUGUCUCCUCAAGAGACAGCUCUGCAGGCUUUACAAAAAAGGCGAGAGAGAUAUCUACUUCACGCCACACUCCAUCCCCAUCCGUCAUGACAAAGCUUUCCAAACUUCCUGAAGUCAAGGUCGUUAUACCCCCUCUUCAGUCACUACCCGUCUCAGAUACCCGCUCGCUCUCAAAGAGGAAGAUCAAUCGGCUGCCGUCUGCGUCUUCUGAGAGUGAAGAAGAAUCUGAUCCUGACGAGCCCAAGGGGAUUAAGCAGAAAUACUAUCCCAUUGAAAUGUAUGACUUGCAGGCAGAUAUGGGCCGGUAUCCGAAGGCACGGUCAACAAACAGUGACUCUCUUGUUCUGCCUACACGGCCUGCGACCCCCAACGGCAACAUAUCCAGAGGCUAUCCGAAACCCCCUCAGAGUCGAAAGCUAUACUUACGCGAAAUGCUGGAGAAAAAGUUGCGAAAAAUUCAGGGCCCACCAGUGACAAUGGCGAGGGACUGGGACGGUACGGGAAGUAUUGCCUCGAAUUUCGAGUUCACCAAUACCUACAAGCUGCGACAGGGCGUUACUCGGGUGGCUGAGGAGUUCAACUACGGCUGCGAUUGCGGUUUCCAAUGUGACCCGUCAAGCUGUACCUGCUUGUCUAAGGAAGAGGACUCGGAAGAACUCAUGGUAGCUUAUGAACACCGCAAUGGGAAGCUUCUGCUGAAGGAGAGUUUUUUGAAGCGUAAAGCUAUGAUAUACGAGUGCUCGCGUCUCUGUCCGUGCCCACCCACAUGCUGGAAUCGCCUGGUACAACACGGAAGGAAGAUACGACUAGAGAUUUUUCACACCGGGGACCGUGGUUUUGGGCUUAGAUCACUUGACACUGUACAUAAGGGCCAGUUCAUCGAUACCUAUCUUGGGGAGGUGAUAACCUCUGCAGAGGCUGAGCUCCGUGAAGACGCUACGGCAGGGAGCAACGGCUCUCAUAGCAGCCCUUCCUACCUCUUCUCUCUCGACUGGUUUCCCCCUUCUUCCGACGAUGAGAGUGACAACGACGAGGACGGCACAUCCUCCUCGCAUUACGUCGUCGAUGGGCAGCGCUUCGGCGGGCCCUCUCGCUUCAUGAAUCACUCGUGUAAUCCCAACUGCAAAAUGAUCCCCGUUUCGACCCAUCACGGCGACCAAAAGAUCUACGAUCUCGCAUUCUUCGCACGCCGCGAUAUUCCGCCGGGGGUUGAGUUGACGUUUGACUACAACCCUGGUUGGACCCCCGAGAUGAAUAGCGAUGACCCUAACGCUGUCAAGUGUUUGUGUGGGGAGGCCAAGUGCCGUGGACAAUUGUGGCCGAACCAGCGGAAGAGCACAAAUGUUUGA